UGGAACCUGUCAUGUUCCUAGUAGAGUUAUUUUUGUCCUAAGGAGCUGACUGCCCCAAUGCUCUAAAUAUACUGAGGCACUUCGUAAAAACAGAUGGUAAAAUGCCUGACAGGAGGCUAUAUAAACCCGAACAUCCGAAGCUUUUUACUGCCCUACUGCUGCUGGAAAGAAAAGAGAACCAGUCAUGCCAGCAAAGGUCCCCAUUAAAAAAUCCCCGGCACCCCCCAAAGCUGCCCCUAGCAAGCCUGCGCCACCGGAGCCGGCCGCACCCCCUCAGCCAGCUGAAGAAUCUGGCGCCAAAGCCCCCGAUAAUCCCGCAGUAAUUCCGGAAACGCCUGCUCCAGUUACCGAGGCUCCUGCUGCGGAUUCCUCUUCUCCUGCUGCGGUGCCGGAGAACCCUGGAGGGGAUGCCCCGGUGCCCGAGAAUCCUACAGCGGAUGCCCCGGUGCCCGAGAAUCCUACAGCGGAUGCCCCAGAAGUCCCUGUGGUAGAGCCAGCGCCUGAGCCCGUGAAGGAGACACCUCCUCCAAAGGACGAACCACCUAGCGCACCUGGAAAUUUGACUGUGGAUGGGAUAGAUGCUACUUCUUUAUCCCUAAGAUGGAAAACUCCCGAGACAGAAGGAACGUUUGCCAUAGAUGGAUAUUUGAUUGAGUACAGAAAGGAGGGCAGUGAAGAGUGGGUACCUGCAAACAAAGAGCCCAGCAUUUCCACUCAUUACAAAAUUUCAAAUUUAAAUACUGGUGAUAAGAUUUUAGCUCGUGUCAAAGCCAUUAGCAAGGCUGGAUCCAGUGAUCCAACAGCUCUGGAACACGAUGUUCUGAUUCGUGAGAUAGUAGAUCGUCCAAAAAUUAGACUCCCAAGAUACCUUCGUCAAACAUAUGUGAAACAUGUUGGAGAAACAGUUAAUUUGGUUAUCCCUUUCCAGGGAAAGCCAAGACCACAAGUUAAUUGGACUAAAAAUGGACAACCUCUAGAUCCCAAACAAGCAAACGUUAGGAACAGUGAAAGUGACACCAUUCUUUUUGUCCGUAAAGCUGAGAGAAAAGAUUCAGGAGUUUAUGAACUCACUGUACAAAUUGAUGACUUAGAAGAUAAAGCAAAGAUUGACAUAAAAAUUGCAGAACGUCCUGGUCCUCCAAAAAGCAUUAAGUUGGUAGAUGUAUGGGGUUUUAAUGCAGCUCUGGAGUGGACCCCACCAGUAGAUGACGGUAACGCAGAAAUUACUGGUUAUACUGUGCAGAAGGCGGACAAAAAAACUGGGGAAUGGUUUACAGUUCUUGAGAAUUAUCGUCAGACUAACUGCACUGUUUCAGACCUGAUCAUUGGAAAUUCCUACCUUUUCAGAGUGUUCUCUGAAAAUCUGUGUGGCCUUAGUGAAAAAGCUGCAGUUACUAAAGAUGCUGCUUUUGUUAAGAAACAGGAAAAUACUUACAAGCCUCCAGAAUAUAAAGAAUGUGAUUUUGCGGAAGCUCCAAAGUUUACUCAAACCCUUACUGAUAGAACAACAACAAAUGGAUAUACUACUAAACUGUAUUGUAGUGUACGUGGCAGUCCCAAGCCAAAAAUAGUAUGGAUGAAAAACCAAAUGGAAAUCAGAGAAGAUCCCAAAUUCCGUUCUCUUGUAAAUCAAGGAGUUUGCUCUCUUGAAAUCCGCAAGCCUUGUCCCUUUGAUGGUGGUGUGUAUACGUGCAAAGCAAUUAAUUCUCUGGGAGAGGCAACUGUAGAUUGCAGGCUUAAUGUCAAAGUGGCACAAUAAACACAGACUGUUCAACACAAGGAUGGAAAUCUUGUCAGGACUUGUGUGUUUUAUCUAACAUCCCACUCUGUCAAUAUGUAUUGAUAGCUUUUGAGCUACAUAAAUGUGUUGUAUGGUCAUGCCUCUAACUGUAUUCAGUCUGCAAAUAAAAUAUGUUGGCACAAAAAUGUGGA